GCGGCGCGCAGGGCCAUGUCGGCGCCGUGCCUGCGCCUGCCCGCCGCCGGGUCAGCACCGGCGGAGGCGGACAGCGCCGGCGGCAUGGAGCCGCCCGGGGCCGCCGCCCUGGAGCUGGCCCUGGAGGAGGAGCUGGCGCUGCUGGCCGCCGCCGGGGAGCCGCCGGAGCCGCCGCCCGCCGCCGCCGCCCGCGACCCCGAGCUGCUCUCGCUGAUCCGGCAGAAGGAGAAGGACCUGGUGCUGGCGGCGCGGCUGGGCAAGGCGCUGCUGGAGCGCAACCAGGACAUGAGCCGGCAGUACGAGAGGAUGCACAAGGAGCUCACCGACAAACUGGAGCACCUGGAGCAAGAGAAGCACGAGCUGCGGCGGCGAUUUGAGAACAAGGAGGGAGAGUGGGAAGGAAGGGUGUCCGAGCUGGAGAGCGACGUGAAGCAGCUGCAGGACGAGCUGGAGAAGCAGCAGGUGCACCUGCGCGAGGCCGACCGCGAGAAGACGCGCGCUGUCCAGGAACUCUCCGAGCAGAACCAAAGACUCCUGGACCAGCUCAGCAGGGCGUCGGAGGUGGAGCGGCAGCUCUCCCUGCAGGUCCACACGCUCCGGGAGGAUUUCCGGGAGAAGCAUUCCUCCAGCAGCCAGCACAUCGUGAGGCUGGAGAGCCUCCAGGCCGAGAUCAAGAUGCUGACGGACAGGAAGCGGGAGCUGGAGCAUCGCCUCAGUGCCAUGAUGGAGGAGAACGACCUGCUCCAGGGAACUGUGGAGGAGCUGCAGGACCGAGUCCUCAUCCUGGAGAGACAAAGCCAUGACAAGGACCUGCAGCUGCACCAAAGCCAGCUGGAGCUCCAGGAGGUGAGGCUGUCCUACCGACAGCUGCAGGGCAAGGUGGAGGAGCUCAGCGAGGAGAAAAGUCUCCAAAACCUCAACACAACCAGCACAUCCCUGCUCUCUGAGAUAGAGCAGAGCAUGGAGGCAGAGGAGCUGGAGCAAGAACGAGAACAGCUGAGGCUGCAGCUGUGGGAGGCGUACUGCCAGGUGAGGUACCUCUGCUCCCACCUGCGGGGCAACGACAGCGCCGACUCGGCUGUGUCCACCGACUCCUCCAUGGACGAGUCCUCAGAAACCUCCUCAGCCAAAGACGUGCCCGCCGGGAGCCUGCGCGCCGCGCUCAGCGAGCUCAAGAGACUCAUCCAGAACGUGCUGGACGGGGCAGACUCCACGAGCUCUCGGCGAAGCGACGACGACACCUUAGAGGAGCAGAUCAGGAGAACCAGUGAGGAUUCACGAGCCCUGAGGGAGUUAAUGGAGGGAGAACGGGGGAAACUGAGGCAGAGUUUGGAGGAGCUGCAGCGACUGCACAGCCAGGUGACGCUGCUGAGUGUGGAGAUGACGACGCUGAAGGAGGAGCGGGACCGGCUGCGCGGCGGGGCCGAGGACAAGGAGGCGAGCGAGCGGCUCCUGCAGGCCAUCCGGGACCGCGACGAGGCCAUCGCCAAGAAGAACGCGGUGGAGGUGGAGCUGACCAAGUGCAAGAUUGACAUGAUGUCCCUCAACAGCCAACUCCUGGAUGCCAUCCAGCAGAAGGUGAACCUCUCGCAGCAGCUGGAGGCCUGGCAGGAUGACAUGCACAGGGUCAUUGACCAGCAGCUGAUGGACAAACACCCGAAGGAAUGGAGCCAGCUUGCUUAUUCCUUCUCCAGUGGCGCCAGGCGGGGCGCCAGGCCCUCCCCCAGGCCGGAGCAGCAGGGGGACGAGCCCGGCGGGGCCGAAGGAAACCGGCUCUUCUCCUUCUUCAAGAAAAAUUAAUUUGAAAAAGAGAAAACUCUCCAACAAUUCCUGCUUCAAGAUGGGGAGUGGGGCAGCUGCCCAGAUUGCUGAUGGACCCAAGUCUGAUCCACUGAGUAAAAAAGAAGGGGGCAAAGGAGUUAACCCUUGAGACUCUGCACUAUUUACACCACACCUGGUCUGAACCAAAUGUUUACAUGAAUUGGAGAUUUGCAAAUUGACAAUGUGAUUCUAGUAGAAAGAAAUUUUUCUUGUUCUAUACAUGAAGUGAUAAACUUCAGGGUAUAUUUUAGGCGCUUUGACACAGUCCAGUUUCUGCUGUGAAGAAUUCUCUGAUUGUCUUAAAAGCAUUCUUAUGCUGGAGAAGGAAAUAAGCAGCCCCAAGACAGAGCAGUGCAGGGGAUUGAGAACUUCUGUCACAGCGAGCAGAAGGGGAAGAAGAGAGCUGAAUGCAAGAGGACAGAAGGGAGCCGUUUGUGCCACCCUGGCAGCUGUGACAUCCUUCAUCCAUCCCACUGAGACUGGAGUCACUCUGGCCCCAGCAAUACCAUGUUUUGACAGAUGUAGCUUUCUCCGUGGUGGAAGCUGAGCCCUCAGUGCAGCUCCUGCCUGGGCACCAUCUCCCCUGGAGCUCUGCGUGGCCGUUCCCCCUCGCUGGGAUCCAGGCUCCUCACAGCUCAGGGCAGGGGACAGAUGGGUGCUGUCACUGUCCUCUCCAGCUCCCUCCUGUUACAGAGGUAAGAGUUGCAGGCUGUAGCUACACAGAUUUCUCCCCAGGAGACUGACCAUCUACAACAGAUUACAGACUGGAUAAAAGUUGUGCAUGUUCAGUCCUGAGGCACCUGCUAUUCCUCCAAUGGCCAAAAGUAGUUUGGGGGCUUCAGCAAGUCACACACCUUUCCCCAAAGCCAUACACAUCUCCCAAGCAGAGUAAGAAAACUGGCAUUUUAACUGGCUAGGCCCCCAAAAGCCUAACUGAUAAUUCACUGAAAGCCUACUCCCAAUGAUGUCAGUCAGUCUCUGACACUGGGUUGGCAGACUCCAUCCUCAGAAAGCACACUGGCAUCUGCCUUCACUGAAGCCAAAGGCUGUCAGGGUGUCUACAAAGCUCUGGAGAGCCUGCAGGUUACUCUGCCCUAUGCAGUAAUGGUGGCUAUGGCCUGACAGAAAGGAGUUUUGUCCCUGCCUGAGGGUCAGUUUCUACUCAGCCCUUCAGUGAGCAGGUAGCCAAAGGUCCUUUGGAUCAAUGACCAGAGCCUGCUUUGCAUGACUUGAUCAGCAAGAGGGAACGUGGCUUUUUUGGUGUAUUCCAGCAGACUGCAGUGCUGGAAAUCCUGCAAUACUCAAGUAGGGACCUGCCCUCUGCACUGGAUGGGCACUUUACAGCUCUUCUAUCAGUCUGCCAUCAUAAGCCAGUGAGGAGCACCAGGCUCAGUUCAGAGAUGUCCUGCUGCUCUCAUGCAAUUUUCACACAUUCUCCCAGCUCAUAAUACCCAUGGGCAGGCCCCAGUUUGUUUCCUGCUGCUUUCAAAAGGCCACCACCUACACUGUCCCACAGCAGACAGAGCUGGCUGCUCCUUCAGCCCUGCCCUGCUCAGCAACUUCGGUGCUAACACACCAUCCCACAGGGAGCUGCUAUCUCUGCUCACAGGAUCAAGCUUUCUGCUAGAACAGGUACCAGUCACCUUCUAAGCAGCAGGUAAGAGGCUGGUGGCUUGGGUUUUAGUGUUAUUCAGCCUCCCUGUGGGAUAGAACAUCCAUAAUACCUCAGUACAAAUAAUCCUUUCUGCCUAUGAAGAUUUGAGCAUUCCUGUAUUUCCUUGUUACAUGAAACCACCACACUGGUAUGAGACCAUGUUGCACUAAGGCAGCUCUGGGCUGCAAGGAGCAGAGUGCUCUGAGAUUGGCCAUGAUAGUGAAGAGCUGAGUGGUGACACCCAUCUACAUGAAAGCAAUGAACCCUGGACUGCAGAGCUGCUUCAGGAAAUGCUUGGGCAAAGCCCCACCAAUACAGCUUGAUGCUUUUGGGGAAAGGCAUCAGGAGCCUCACAGGCAGGGAAGGAAACUGAAACUUGGCCUCUCCUUUCUAGGCAGUGCUCAGCUGUUGAGUAUCUGCUUGUAGCCACUUGUGCAAGCGAGGGGAAGGGCUGCAGUGCAGUGCCACAUGUCCUCAUCCUGCCAUCCUGCCUCUACUGUGACUCUGGACAGGGCAGGGACACGAGGCACCUGCUCAGCAUCUCCUGCUGCCAGGACUCAGUCACACCCUCAUGCAUUACCCCAGCCUUGGAUCCCUGAAAAAUGAGGCGUGGAUGCCAGUGACACCUGUGACACAGUGACACCCAUGACACAGUGACACCAGUGACACCAGUGACCACUGAGAACGAUGCUCUAUCAAGGAGAGCCACGUGAACACCUCGGUCCUCAGGGACCUUUCUUCUGCUGUCAAUUGUCAUUUCCCAGACCCCACCAGCUCUCUUCAAGCCACAUGCCCACCAUGUGUGGGGCUCUACCCCAGCGAGGAUGAAUGCAUGGAUGGAUUGAUGGAUGGAUGGAUGCAGUCCUGAGGCAAGGGCCUUAAGUUUCCCCAUGAAGAUGCAGUAAUGAGAUGAAGAAAGGUGCCUUCUGCUAUAUUUGCUGAGGAAAGUGACUCAAUCGGUUGCAGGGGUAGGCACAGCUCAUCUCUUCAUUUAAUGAGAAUCCUUAAUCCCAUUGCAAUUUUAUUUAUUUAACAAGAGUGGCAGAAGAGAUUGCAAGAGGAAAGUCUGCAUGUUCUAAGGUGCCAGUUGGGUAUGGUUUCUUCAAACAAGCCCCUUCACCCUAAAGACUUAGUUGCACUACUAAACCCAGAGAUACAAGAGAACUGGGUGCAAUGAACUGGACAACACACCAAAGGAGAUCUCCUUGUGCUGAGCUGCUACUCCACAGGAACAGACACUGCCUUAACACAGCAGCUAGGUUUUGUCUUCUGUCUUGAAAAACCUCACCCGUAUUUGUCACGUUGUGUUUGAACAAUGUCCCGACUGCUUCACUCUGUGCUGUCAUUAACUCACUCCCCUCCAUCCUGUCACAGCCUGGAAUCAGCCUUGCAGUGCUGGUUGGAAGACACUUCACGUGUGGCACUUGACUCUUCCAGGACACAUCCACGGUGUAAAGGACACAUCAGCUCCAGGAGAUGAGAUGGAGGAAGCACAUUAAUCCAGCAGGUACUCGGGAUCCCAGAGGAGAUUUAAUGAGUGGGAUCAGCAGCUCUAAACACAACCUUCAGCCUUGGUUUUGGGAUAAUGGUAAAUAAAACAGUAGUGCUGCACAGUCACUGUUCAAAUAUUGCACAGAGAAGAGAUGCCUGCUGAGAUUAAGGUUACAAAGGACAUUCCCACAGGUAACAGGUGACUCUUUGGGCAAACGUUUGUUACACCAGCCCGAGGGAAAAGGGAUCAGUCUCCCCUUCCUAAACUCUGCAAGGGAAGCAACUGUAAACAAGGAACAAAUGGAAAUGAAAGGCAAGUCACUAGCACUUUAUCUUCACACAAACUUAGAUCAGCAACUUGCCAUGGAGAUGAACAGUAAAUCAAAAAGUUACUGACAACAGAGUCAUUUUGCAGAGAGAGCAGGAAGUGAGGCUGCAGGCAGGGCCACAUGCACUUGUCCUACUUAGAAUGGUAGAUUCCAGAUCUGCCUCUCCAUCAGGCAAACUCUCUACUCCCCACUCGGCUAUAAAAAGCAAGAUUGUUUGAACCAAAAAGCCAAGAAAGGAAGUGUCUGGGUGCUGCAGCAAUGAUUCCCUUGGAUUGAGAGGGAAAAAGCACACAGCAGGGACAAGCAGAAAGAAUGUACCUAUAGAUAUGUACAUAUACCACAGUGCUGUAAUUUUUGUAUGUAGCAGUCAUGUAAAUAAAUGUAUGGUUUUUAUAAGAUACAUAUUAUAAAAAUCUAUAAAGGCAUAUUUUUAGUAAAAACAAUGCUCUACUUCUUUUGUAAAUAGUACUCUUCAGAAUAAAACAUCAUUUAUACAA